AGUUAAUUAUUUUGAUGUGGACAAUCUCUCCAUUUUGCAUUUCGCUUUCAGUCUUGUUCACCUUCGACUCUUCGAGGCUCGACCAUCUUCGUCUUCUUCCUUCAGUGUAGAGUUCUUCGCUUACCUGUGAAAGCGAAGAGACUGAAGAUCAAUGGGAACCCUAGGCAGAGCAUUUUACUCGGUUGGUUUUUGGAUCCGUGAGACCGGUCAGGCUCUCGAUCGCCUCGGUUGUCGCCUUCAAGGCAAAAAUUACUUCCGCGAACAACUGUCAAGGCAUCGGACUCUGAUGAACGUAUUUGAUAAGGCUCCGAUUGUGGAUAAGGGAGCUUUUGUGGCACCAAGCGCUUCAGUUAUUGGGGACGUUCAGAUUGGAAGAGGAUCGUCCAUUUGGUAUGGAUGCGUACUACGAGGGGAUGCAAACAGCGUUAGUGUUGGAUCAGGAACUAAUAUUCAGGACAACUCACUUUUGCAUGUGGCAAAAUCAAACUUAAGUGGGAAGGUGCAUCCAACCAUCAUUGGAGACAAUGUAACCAUUGGUCAUAGUGCUGUUUUACAUGGAUGUACUGUUGAGAAUGAGACCUUUAUUGGGAUGGGGGCGACACUGCUUGACGGGGUCGUAGUUGAAAAGCAUGGGAUGGUUGCUGCUGGUGCGCUUGUCCGACAAAACACCAGAAUUCCUUCUGGAGAGGUAUGGGGAGGAAACCCUGCAAGGUUCCUCAGGAAGCUCACUGAUGAGGAAAUUGCUUUUAUCGCCGAGUCAGCAACAAACUACUCAAACCUCGCACAGGCUCACGCUGCAGAGAAUGCAAAGCCAUUAAAUGCGAUUGAGUUUGAGAAGGUUCUACGCAAGAAGCAUGCACAAAAGGACGAGGAGUAUGACUCAAUGCUCGGUAGUGCGAGAGAAACUCCUAACAACAUACAGCCUGAUAAAGAAACAAAGCAUCCAUCUAAUGUGAACUGAUUUUUCUGAGGUAGAGUACAUUAGGGUAGAUGAAUUUGCAGCUCUUGGAGAAGCUUUGUUCGACAUUUUGUCAUGGAAUCUUAGGGAAUGGUAUUGUCAGAUCAAACUUUGGAUGCUAUAUUACUUUGGUCGUUUGAACUUAAGAAUCAAGCUUAUGAAACAUGAGUGAAUAAUAAGUCUGAUGCAUGUGCUAAUGCAAAUCCAUGUGCGCCUAUGUUGCUAGGCAAAAAUGAAGAAGAUCCAAACAUGAUAUAUAUAUUCAUAUAAUAACUGCAAAUUAUUAGUGGGGUUGAUGGUAUUGGUACCGUGAA